UAACAGAUAACCUAAGCAAUAGAAGAAACCAUUCCCCGUAUAUUAUUAUACCGGAGAAGACAAGCAAAGCUCUCUAAAAAUGAGUGGCUUCUUCGCGAGACUAGGCCUAAUAACCCUUUUAAUCGCAGGUGCGGUGAGUGUCCACGUCCAUGAGACAGACCGGGUAAAAAAAGGACAGAAAUGGUUCCUAGUCGAAAAUAAAUCCGAGUCGGAGCACAUCAGUCUAAGCAAGUUAGAACUAUAUGAAGCAAAUGCAGAUUGCAAGCCACUAUCUGAGAUCCUCAGAUACUGUUCCCUUGAAGAGCAGUCGUAUGGAUGUGUUUACAAGAAUGGCUCGACUUUCCUUUUGGAGUUUGAGAAGAGCGGUGUCUCUUUAACUCCUCUUCUUAAUGCCACUGACGGAUGCUACGUUGCCAUCUACAUAUUCAGCAACAACUCCAAAGUUAAAAAAAAAUUCCAAGUAGGCCUAAACGCCAAAGGAGAACUGCCCCGUACCGUCAGCAAAGAUGGCAAGCUAUUGGCCGUAAUCGGAGUGUGCAUUGGAGUGGUCGUGGUGGGCAUUACACUGUCAAUUAUUUCCUGCUUGUGUCGAAAGAAGAAGAAAAAUCGUGACUCCAAAAAAGAUCGUAAAAAUUCUGUUAGAAAAGGAAACAAUGAAGCAAAAGGGGACAAAGGUUCCAGCCAGACGAGUCCCUUGUCUUUAAAAUCCUCUUGUUGCAUCUCAGUUGACUCUUCCCCUUCAUCCUCAUCAGAGGGGGACAAGAAGAAGAGGACGAUGAAAAGGAAGGGGAAAGGGAAAAAGUAGUCAAACAAAAUGGAAACAAAGAUAGCUCAAACACCAAAGCAGGUGGUGACACGAUACAGAAAAAUUAUACUUAUACGAUACUUCAACCCUUCUGUAGAGGAGGGACAAUGUCAGCGGCUUUCAAGCAUGUUGGGGUGGACCCCAAUACAUCGUGGUCUAUGCUCCAAUCACAGAGCUGUACAUCGCUAGCAAAUUUAAAGAACUCCUUAAAAACCUCAGCAGUCAGGACAAUGUGCCGCUGCAAUUCAAGAGGAUCCAGCUAUAGAAGGUACUAUCAAAGCCUUUAAGGCGUCCGGGAAGCUGCUGCCCCUUAAAACAAAAAUGAACUGACCUAGGAUCUGGGGAAGGUUUCACACUGUAUCAGACUAAAUUGUUCACGAUCAGCAUUGCUGCUUUCGAAUGUUUUAAAGUUAGUACUUGGACAGUUACACUUAAAUAUUUUAAUAUAUUAUUAAUGUUUUAUUUUUUUUAUUUUUUAAAAGUUGUAUUUUUGCACUGGUUAAUUGUUAUUUACAUCCUGGUCCUGGGGACCCACAGCUCUGUACAAUUUAUAUGUCUCCUUUAUCUGACACACCCAGUUCAGUGGGCUUUAUGUCCAGCUGCACUACUUCCUGAACUUCAGCCAGCUCCUUGUUUCCUGUCUGCCAUUAUUGGCCAAAUUGAUUAGU